AUGUCACUUAAGAAGUAUAGUGAUGUCAGUCAGAGGGCUUCCACUUUUGAAGAAGUUAAAGUACAAGGGAAAACAUUUGCAUGGCCCUAUGAAACACCAUCUUCAACUGAUAUGGCUAAAUUAGGAUUUUAUUACAACCCAAGCAAAUCUCUGAAUGAUAGAAUCAAAUGUUUCUGGUGUAAGAAAACUACUGGGAACUGGAAAACUACAAAAGAUUUGGUACGUUUCCAUCUGGAUAAAAGUCAUGACUGUCUACUAUCAAAUACAUUACAAUUAGCUGACAUUUUGUCAAAUGAUUUAGAAUCACAUUAUUCUCCAACUGAUUUAAUGCUACAAGACCCUUUAUCUACAGAUGCAUUUGAAUUAAGGUUGCAAUCAUUUGGUGAGGACUGGUAUGCUGAUAAAGAAAAAAAUGCUAUUCCAACAUCCAAAAAUUUGGCUGCUGCUGGUUUCUUUCGCAUGGAUGAUGCUGCUUAUUGUAUUCAUUGCCACGUCUCAUUAGAAGGAUGGUCUAAUGAUGAUCAUCCAAUUUCUGAGCAUAGACUAAGAGUCGAUAAGAAGAAAAUGAAGUGCUAUUUUUUGGAUCAACUCGAAAAGAAAAAUAAUCAUAGAACUUCAUUGAAAAGAGAUAGUAGUGUUAUUGAAGAAGCUGAGGAUGAUGAUGAAGAAGAAAAUCAGAGAAAAACAUCAGGAUCAGACCUUGUUGAAGAAUUUGCUAGUGAACAUCAAGAAUCACAAGAUAAACAUACAUCAAGAUUCAUCUCUCAAUCAUCAGAAAUCGCAUCAUCUUUACCUUCAUCGAGAAUCUUAAGAAAGAAGCAAAAAACAAGCUAUAAUGAGAGUGAUGAUGAGCAAGAAGAUGCUGCUAGUUUUGGUAUAACAGCUAAUGAUGAGGACUUCAAAGAAGUUAGUGAUAUAAAUAAAGACAGUGUUGAGGAUGAUGCUGAACAGAGUGAUGAAAGCUUUGAAAUUGAUCAACCGAAAAAGUCAUCAUCAAAAUCAAAACUAAAAUCAAAAACAAAAGAGAAUAAAAAGAGUAACACCGAGAAGUUGGUGGAUAAAUCCAAAAAUAAGCCAUCUUCUUUUAAAUCCAAGAUCCUUGAUAGUUCGUUUGAUGAAAACGACCUGUUCGCCACUAAUAAAGUGGAAAAUUUAAACAUGUCUCUUCAAUCUGAUUUAAAGUCAUUAUCACCUGAAAGAAACACUAGAUCUAUAAGCCCUCAAAAAUAUCAGACAAAGUCAAAGCCUAUUAACUCAAAGAAUGAUACGAAUACAGUGUUGAAUGAUAUUACAAAUACCGUAUCUAAAGGUUCAAGCUCGUUCAAAAAAUCCGUUGAAGCCCCAUCUCUUGAUCCAGAAUCUGAAGAUGAUGACCCUAUAUUACUCGUGAGUAAUAGUACCACAAACUCAAACAAAUCUGGUGUAUCGUCAAAUAGUAACUUAAAUGGUCAAGAGAUUCGUGAUGAAGAUGAAGAAAUCCAUAAUUCUUCAUCGAGAACAAUCAAACCCCCAAAAAGUCAAGAUUCCAAAGGUACUUCAAAUGAACUUACAGGAAACCUUCACCAUUCUGAUAGCAAUGGACUCAAAAUUCAAGACCAAUCUAAAGAAUUAGGACAUAAACAACCAGAAGAAUUUGAUGAAGACGAGCAAGAGGAAAGUGAAAUUAAACAAUCACCAAAGAGAACAAAACAACUCAAGAAAAUUUUUUCAUCCAGCUCGCCAUUAUCAAGUGGAACCAAUUCACAUACAGAUAUUAAAAGUAGUAAAAGUAUGUGGGAAUCAAUAUCAAGACUUGUAAAAAGCCCUGGAAUAGAGAGAAGUCGGAGUCCGUUCCUUGACGCAAGUUAUAAAGGUUCAGAUAAAGUUGAGGAUGCUGAAGUAUUGAUCGGUCCUGAUGAUAUACCGUUGGAAGAAUCAACAGAUCAUCACAUUGUUUUAGAUAAAGAUAAUACCGUACAACCAAAUCCUACAGCUUUAAAAGAAAUUAAAGAUCAUAAUAGUGAGAACGUUGAAGAUAGUGAGAGCUCAUCGACAUCAUCCAAGUAUCAUAGUGCUGAAAAUGUUUCACAAUCUGGAGAAAGUGAUGAUGAUGGUGAUGAUGGCGAGAAACAAAUUUCUAUCGGGCUUAUGGAUACAAACGAUUUAUUUGAGCAUCUUGAGCCAAUAGAGACUGCUAAAAAUUACCUUGGUGAGCUCAAGGGUCUUGGUUAUGAAUUGAAUGAUGAUACAGAUGGUAGAGUUUCUUACUUUAUUAACGAAAUGCCUGAUAAUGAGAUAAAUAUGACAGUAAGCGAAUGGAUCAAGCAUUCAGCUCUUCAAGGAAGUCAACACGUAAAAGAGUUGGGUCAAAUGCUGAUUCAGAGUUAUGAUAUUGAAUGUGAAAAAAUCAAAGAAAAAAUUAGAAACUUACCUACAGCUUAA